AUGCUUGCAGCUCUUUACCUGGCUCUCACCGCCCUUUCUACAGUUCUUGUUGCCCCUACUGCUGCAGCUCCAUCUCCCUCUACUACACAAACUCAUGUAGAUGAAUUUGUUCGCCGUGAUGCAGAUGCUCCUCAGUUUGUCAGACGCGCCGCAAGUUGCACGUUCCCUUCGCCCCCAAAGACAUCGAGUUUGAGUGCACCCAUCACGGUCACUGGAAAAUUUGACGGUGGGAAUGUGAGAUUCGACCGUGGGUCCGGAGCAUGCAAAGGACAAACCGAAGGAGGAGAUUCCGACGCCGUUUUUUUGCUCCAAUCUGGUGCCACCUUACAGAACGUGGUGAUCGGUGCUAACCAGGCUGAAGGUGUUCACUGCCUUGGUCCCUGUAACAUAUACAAUGUCUGGUUUGAGGACGUAUGUGAGGACGCCAUCACCAUCAAGCAGACCUCUGGACAGUCCAACAUCAUUGGCGGAGGCGCUAAGAGUGCCAGCGACAAGGUGGUGCAGCACAACGGAGGCGGAACUGUGAAGAUCGACUCGUACUGUGUGCAAACAUUCGGCAAGCUAUAUCGCUCGUGUGGCAACUGCAAGACGCAAUACAAACGUACCGUUCUGAUCUCUCAGAUCAUCGGUUCUUCCGGGUCAGUUUUGGCAGGCAUUAAUUCCAAUUAUGGGGACGUUGCCCAGUUUGAUACUUCUUCCCUCAAAUUAUCCUCGGUCAAGAGCAUUUGUGAUACAUAUCAAGGUAACAGUAGCGGCGCCGAGCCUACCAAGCUGACAAGUAAUACUUCCAACUCUUACUGCAAGUUCUAA